AUGGUCUCCAUCACAUCUCUCCUCACCACUUUACUGGUAUUCGCCGGCAUCGCUAGCACAAAGCCUAUACUAAAGAGCGCUGAGCAGCCUGUUGUAACGUAUCUGGGCACUCAGGGCCCGAUCCUUUCCAGCGGCGCAUGGACGUCGAAGGGCAUCGUCUACACCUCCGGCACUGUCCCAACCUUCAAUGGAAGCAUUGUCGCUGGUGGAAUCGAGGAGCAGACGGCCCAGGUCAUCAAGAACAUCGGUGCUGUGCUCGAGGAGGCCGGUACAUCAUGGGACUACGUGAUGAAGACAACUGUCUUCCUCGCCAACAUGAGCGACUACACCGCCAUGAACGCAGUGUACGGCGCCAUGCUUCCCUCGCCGAAGCCCGCGCGCACUGCUAUUGAGGUCGGCAAGCUGCCUGGCAACUUCUUGAUCGAAAUCGAGGCCAUUGCGGCUAUCCCUGACUCAUGA